AUGCACAGGGCUCGAACUCAAAAGCGAUUGGACAGUUGGGGACCUUUCCUCACUAAAACUGAAGAUAAUUCUCAAUUAAAAAUUUCUCCAACAUUAUUAACUGAUAUAUCUCGUGCAUUUGAUCCCUAUUACAAUUAUCGUCAAUUACCUCCCGCAUUUAAUCGUUUUAUACGUCAAUUAAUCUUACCAUCAUUUGUUUAUACAUCAUUAAUAAAUAUAUGUAAACAAUUACGUAAAAUGCUUGAAAUAAAUGAUAAACGUACAUUAAAACAAUCAUUUGAAUUUUUUCUUGAAUAUUCAACACAUGAAAAACCAUCAUUAUUUAUACGUUCAUUAUUACUUCUAUCAUAUUUACCAUCAAUGCAAGGUUGUUUAUUAAGUUCAAGAAAAAUUUUUGGACAAAUUUUAUUUACAGAACAAGUUAAAUAUGAAAUACGUUCAUUUAUUGUACCACCAUUAUUAACAUUAAAAUAUAUAUCAAUUGAUAAUGAAACAUUAAAUUAUAGUGAAAAUUUUUUUCAACGUGCAUGUGUACCAUUUUCAAAUUUAUUCUAUUCAUUAUGUAAUAAUCAUGCACGUACACGUGAAAAAUUAUCAAAUUUAUUAGAUGAAUUUAGUGUUUUACAAGAUGAAAGUGAAAAAUUAGAUCAAUGGUUACAUAAAUAUCUUAUACAACAUAUAAUACAAACAAAUUUAUCAACAACUAAUGCUCAAGCAUUAUUAUUAGUUGAAAAAACUUCAUAUUUUUUUCAAUUUAUUCUACAUUGGACAUUAUUAAUUAUGGAAUAUUAUUUAUUAAUGGGUUUUGAUUUAUCAUUAUAUUCAAAACGUGAAUUAUAUGAUGUGUAUUUUUAUUUUGCUCAAAUUAUUUUAUUUACACAUAUUAAUGUUUAUAAAACAUCAAAAAAUAUUUUAAAUACAACAGUAUCAUUUCUUGUUCAAUUAAAUCAAAAACAACAAACAAAUAAAAAUCAAAUAAAUAAUCCAUUUAUACAGCAAUUAAAUAAUUUAGUACAACAACAUACAAAUGAUGAUCCACUAAUAGAAUUAAUCAAUGAAAAUAAUUCUUCACAGAAAAAAAAUAAAAGAAAAAAUCCAAAUGGCUUAUUAGCAACAAAUAAUGAAUAUCAUGAACAAGAAUUAUUAUUAAUUAAUGGACAUUUUUCAAUGAGUACAGCUAUGCAUAGAUGUUUAAAAGCAUUAGAUAUUGAACGAAGAUUAAAAUUUAGCAGUAAUGAUUCAAAUUAUUUCCUUCGUGAUGAAAUUCGUUAUCGUCAUCGUUUUCUCCCAUUUGCAAAUUUAUGUGCCCCACCAUAUAUGCCUCAUACAGAUUUUCUUCAUAUACAACAUUUAAGUGAUAAUCGUUAUACAGCAUCUGAAUUAUAUCAAGAUGCAAUAAAUAAUUUUUCUCAAGCUAAAACAUAUUUUGAAAAUUAUCUUAAUCGUAUAACAACAUCGAAACAAUAUCAACAACAACAAACAUUAAGUCGAACAUUUACAAUAGGUAUUACAUCAUUAAUUGAUGUUGAAUCUUAUAUACGUAUAGCUAAAACGAAUGGCAUUGUAUUAAAAUUAUUGUUAAGUGGACAUAAACCAGAUGUAAAAAUUGAUUUUGAUUUUAGUUUACAUGCCCAUUACCCUACAUUAAAACUGUGA